GGAAUAGGACAGCUUAUGACGAAGCGGUAACGUUCGGCUUCACCCAUAUUGCCGAGAAAAUCAAAGUUGCAAUGGAUCGUGUUGAAAAUGGAUUUGUGCCAAUAAGCAUUUCACCGGAAGCAGCACGGAAUUUGCUGCAAGAAAAAGAAGACAUGCCGAAUAAUCAUCCAGAAGAAUCAGAUGACUGGGAAAAAGGUUUGUUUUUAUUUUGUUCCAGAUUUUCUUACCCAGCGUGUCACUUCGUCAAGUUGAAAUGUUAA